CUUUUUAACGACAUUAUUAAAAAAUAAAAUGUCUCAACAACAAUCCAUCCAGAAAUCAGCCACUUAAUCAACUCUUAGAACUUUUACAGAUUAUGGAGGAUAAUAACGAUUAGUCAACUAUGCGAAUUUAUAAAGGAAUCUUUCUCCUUAAGCUGAAUUGUGUCUAGCCAAGGAUUACAAUUCCAAAAUCAAUAAAUAUGUGUAUAUAUCACAUGAUAUUCUAGAAAACAAGAGAGGACUGCAUGUACAUUGCCCUCUGAGUGCGAUAGUAAAACUAUUGAGAUGUGCAAGGAAAACUUAAAUAAAAUUGCAACUCUUUAAAAAAACAAUCCUACACUCAAACCAAGCGACCCCAUAACUCAAGAGAGCAGAUCAUUAAAUGAAAACAAGAGCCAUAUAAUCAAAACUCCUCUGAGUGAUGUCGAUAAUCUAUGGAAUUUUCAUAAUAAUCCUAUUGCUCCAAGACAAAAUCCGAAUUCUAAAGUGAAUUAUCAAACUUAAUAAUCUGAUUGGAAACCUAGUUAAAAAUCAAUCCAACCAGCUCCUGCAAAAACAAAGGAUCUUUUUGAAAAAAGAGAACUCAAAGUGGCUGAAUCAAAGCCAACAGCCAGGAACCCUAUCUUAGAGGAUAAUUAGACAAAACAAUAUGGAAAACAUGAAUCAUAUGGAAAGUCAGAUCAUUUAGAGUGCAAGAAAUUGCUAUCAAAUGGUUAUGGUUAGGAAUUGAAAUACAAAGAGGAUGUAAUAUUUAAGUAUUUAUGGUUAGAAACAUAUGGCGUAGAAACCAAAUUCAUUUUAACUAUCCGAUAGAACCUUCAAUUAUUCAACAGUGAAUUAAGGUGAUUACAGAAAGAAGCCAUCAGAGUUUGAAAACAAAAAUACAUUUUUUACUAGAAGAUGA